AUGCCCACCCGAACCGUCUUCCUCAACGCCCAAACCAUGGAGCCCGUCUACGCACCAGACUCCCCGAUACCAGGCCGAAAAUGGUACACGGUGCGCUUUCUCCCCGACGAAUCGCACUUCACCGACGACGAACUAAUCAACCUGUCCAUCCAGCGGCUGCGCACAGGAGCAUACCAUGUCGAGGACCAGCCCCUGGCCCAGCUUCGCGGGAUGCACAUCUCGUAUCCGGUCAUGGACAGCCCUAGGCUCAGUGGUGUGGAAGUGGCGAUUGCUAGUGCGCGGAAUUGGCUCGAGGAACUCCUCGAUGGGCGCGCUAUUAUUGACUUGGAGUAUAUUUUUGCGUUUGCGAAUAGACCGGCGCCUUUGCGGGCUAGGUAUAUCAAUAUGUAG